AUGGAACAGGCCAUCACUAUGAAGUCCCAGGCCAUGACUUACCAUGUCAACCGACAAAAUGUUCAAAGAGAGAACCCACAGGUUCUUAGCAUGGCUGACAGGCUUCGAGACUUCAUGAGGAUGAAUCCUCAUAUUUUCACAGGGUCCAAGACUUCAGAAGAUCCCCAGGAGUUUGUGGGCGAGACAUGGUGCAAGAUGUGGCAGGAUAGCCGAGCUUUGGGCGGAGUUUCGGUCACUUGGGAGUAUGCUACUUCCCUCGUAUCUAACAGCAGGGACGAGAUGAGCAGGUUUCUCACAGGAAUCAAUGGAGAUUUGGAGGAGCAGUGUCGUUCUGCGAUGCUCCACGAUUACAUGGACCUCUCCAGGUUGAUGGUGCAUGUACAGCAGGUAGAGGACAGUCGGAAGAAGAGAGGCGUUCGUGAUGCUAGGAGGAAUAAGCCUCAACAUCAGGCAGGUCCUAGUAAUGGAGGCAACAGAAACAAUUUUGGCAUCCGUGAACAGCCCAGAUUCAAAAAGGGGCAAUAG